AUGCCUGCCGAGCCCAUCACCAUCGCCACCUCUGGCGCCCAGGUCAACGGCGCGGGCUCGCCCCAGACCCCCUUUGCCGGCUCUGCCGUCGGCCUGAGCACUUCCACUCCUGGCAGCCUCUUUGGCAAAUGGAACGCCUUCUCCACCACCAGCCCAGCCAAGCCCGCUGGCGGCCAGACCGCAGGCUCCCCGCCAGCCCCUAAGAUUGACAUCCCCCACCACCACGAGGAUGACCACUUUGACCACGACAGCCUCGAGUUUGGAGACAUUUCUGACCUCAAGAACCGCGGAUGGGCUGCCGCCGCCGCCGCCCGUGGCCAGCGACGCGCCGUCUCCAUGAGCAUGAGCCCCGGCCAGACUCUGACUGGCGGCUUCAACAACCAGGCUGGCGUCUCCCCGCCCCAGUUCACCGGUGUCCUCGGCGACAAGAUGGCCCGUGGCCAGGGUGUGCUCCGCCGUCUCUCGUUCACCAGCGGCUUCUCGAGGCCCGCAGUGCCUCCUCCCGUUCCGGGCCCGCCUAACCCGACGCCAAUCGGCUCCAUGGCGCCGCAGGAGGGCCUCGCCGCCCACCCGCCCGCCGCGGACGUUCACCGUGCCGGUACCGUCGGUGGCGGCCGUCGCCGCUACUCCGAGUCGACCGCACGCAGGCGCGGUGUCAGCCCCAUGGGCGAGCGUAUCCUGCGUGACCAGGUCCACUUCUAA